AUGAAUUUUGCUAAAGUAUUUCGUCGUCAUCAUUCAAAAGAAUCAUCUUCACCUGUUCAAAAAUCAUUCGAAAGACCAUCAUUAAAUCAUCAUUUUCAUGGAUAUGCUCGUCCAUUUUCUUAUCAUAUACCAACAAAUGAACAAUUAUCUCCAUCAUCAUUAACUAAAACAUCAAAUAUAAUUCCAUAUCGUAUUGGUUUAUCUAGUGAUAGUACAAUUUUAGCUAAUGGUCAAACAAAUGAAAAUGAUGAUAUUGUUCGUUUACCAAUAAAAUCUAAUAGAUUACAAAGUCCAAAAAUGCGUAAAGAUCGUCGUUACCAAUCUCAAUUAAAUGCAAAUAAACGAUGGUUAUUUCGAUCAAUGGAAACACUUGAUGGAUGGAAAGAAAAAGUAUUUCCACAAAAAAUUCGUACAACUAAUCAGUCACGAUCACGUAGUGUAGAAAAUUUAGCUGAUGAAAAAACAACUGAAAAUAUAUUAAUAAAUCAUAAUCCAUCAAUAAUACAACAACGUACGACAUCAUCUAAUAGAAGUAUCGAAGCGAUUACAAAUCGUGUAAUCAAUAAUAUUGGUAUUCAACGAAAAUCAACUAAUUCAAUACCUAAUAUUACACGAAGUCCAGCAUUAACUAUUCAAAAACAAUCAUUAUUGAAUCAUUUACCUAAUGGUCAUAAUAAUAAUAAUAUAUCAAAACAAUAUAAUAAUGAAACAAAUUCUUCAGCUAUUCUUGAUUUUCGUGAAAUAUCUUCUGUUGGAUUUUUACAUUCAAAAAGACGAUUAAUUGAUGAUAAUGAAAAUAUUUCAUUAACACCAUCAGAAAAUAUUAUCAAUAGUAUAAAUAUAAGUGAUGAUGAAAAUGACGAAGUAAUAAGUAAUUUAUCAUUGUUAACUAAUGGUUAUGAACAUAAUAAUGAUAGUCAUAAUGAAACACAUGAUCCAUGGGAUUUUAGUAUAACAUGGAUUGAUUCUCUUAAAGAACAAAAUUCACCUCAACGUAAAAUUCAAUUUUAUGAAAAUUUAAUCCAAUUACUUGAACAAGAUACAUUAAGUAUUGAUGAACUACUUGUUUUACGUAAAAUACUUACAAAAAUUUGGCCUACAAAUGAAACUAUAACAACAGAUCUUAAUAAUCAAAUUUUUUCUACUGAAUUAAAAACAAAUGUUACAAAAUCACUUAAUAAUCCAAAUCAAAUUAAACAACGUCCAAAAUUAUCUACAAUGACACAUCAUACAGCUCAACGAUGUUCAACUAUUCUUGAACAAUCGCCAUUGGUUUAUGAACCAUUACAUGAACAAAAUAGUGGUCAUCCUAACAAACCAACAUCUUUAUUAGUCGCUGCCAAAGCUAAACCUUGUUUUAUUGAAAAUACGAAUGAACCAAUAUUAAAUCAGAAAGAAAGUUCUACUAUCGAACAAAAUUAUCCUCAACAUUUAAAUCCAUUCAAUGAUGAAAUAGAUAUCAUACCAUCAAUACAAUCAAAUGAAUCUAAUCGUAAAAAUAAUAAUGAUUCAAUUCGUCGUUAUUUUGAACGACUAACACUUCUUGAAACUAUUUAUGAAAAACUAAAUUUUGAAUCAAAUAAAACACCAUUAGAAUCUAUUAAUCAUCAUCAAAAAAUUUCAACACAAGAAAAUUCAAGUGAAUUAUCAUCAUCAUCACAAAAAAAUCGUUCAGUUGAAAAACAAAUACAAAUAAAUGAUGAAACAAAAAAUUAUUCACAUAUACAUUCGUCCAUUAAAUCAGAUGCAAAUAAAGCAAUUUUAAAUAAAUUCAUUGAAAUGAAUGUUGAUGGAACUGCUAGUGUUAGUAGUGGAAAAAGUUCAAUUAAAAGACGAGCACCAACUGCUCCACAUAUAUCUCUAAAAGAUAAAAAACAUCAGAAUCAUUCAAAUAAUUCAAACAUGUUUACUUUAUCAUCAAUUGAUCUUAAUUUAACACAUAAAACUGAUCAAGAUAUAAAUAAAUCCAUUCGAUUUAAAUCAUAUGAUGAAAAACUUCCAAAACGAGAAGUGAAUUCAAAAGAACGAACACCACCACCACAAGAUACAGCUGCUUCAUGUGAUGAUGAUGGACAUAUUUUUGUUUAUGAUUCUAAUCCGAAUGAAACUCAUAAUAACAAUAAUAAUGAAGAACAAUCUACUACAUUACCAAGAAAAACUGAUCGUAUUCAACAAUGGUUAUCAUCAUGUGAAACCAAAGAGGAAUUAGAUAUGCAAAAUAGUUUAUUGACACUAUCACAAAAUACUAGUCCAAAAACUCAAUUAAAAAUGCGUUGUAUUACAAAACCAAUACGACAACCAAGUGCAUCACCACAACAUUAUCAAGAUAAAAAUCUUUCAACAAAAAUCAAUAAUGAAUUUGCUGAACAAGGUCGUUUUCGAAGUUGUUUAAAAAUUCAUCUUGAAAAAAAUGAACCUACUACAAACUAUCGAAGUCGUGCAACAUCAGCUACAUCAAAACAUAAUCAACAACCCAAAACAAUUCUAGACGAAAACUUCAAUACUACAGAUAAUGAUGAUGAUAAUGAAUAUUUUAAACGAAAUAAAUUAUCACCUAGUUUUCUCUAUGAUCAUCAAGCUGUAUUUCUUUAA